GCGUUCACCGCGCCUCUUUUCUUCAAAAUCUCUCUCUGCUACUGAAUCGAUGUUAGAGCCCGAGAACAAAUGGGGAGAGAGAGUAUCAAUCACCGUUUUAUCGUCAUACAACUCUCUAUCAAAGAAGGGGAAGCCUCAGGGCCACGAAGUCACCGUCUUGGCUGCAUUUCUCCUUUCUUCCCCUUCUCAAGUCUUGAAAGUAGUGGCGCUAGGAACGGGGACUAAAUGCAUUGGGCGUUCGCUCUUGAGUCCAAAGGGUGAUAUUGUGAAUGAUUCACAUGCUGAAAUUAUUGCUCGUAGGGCUUUAUUAAGGUUCUUCUAUAAAGAGUUGCAAUGUCAUAUGAAGAUUAGUCAUAAAAAGCAUAAGAGUGACAAUGGAAGCAUUGUUAGAUUGUACUGUGAUGAAGAUGAUGAUGAUGAUGAUGUGAACUCUGUUUUCCAGUUAGACACAAAUAGAAAAUUCAAAAUUAGAGAUGGUUGGCAACUGCACUUUUAUACAUCUCAGUUGCCAUGUGGAAAUGCAUCAAUAAAGGAAACACCACACCCCUCUACCCCCGACGAUCUAUUGAAUGAUUACGAUGGUUCUGCACAAGGGUUUGGCACUGUUCAAAGAAAACCGGGUCGUGGUGAUACGACCAUGUCAGUGAGCUGCUCCGACAAGAUUGCCCGUUGGAAUGUUGUUGGCGUACAAGGAGCUUUGCUUUCUUACUUUCUUCAACCUGUUUACCUAUCAACUAUAACCGUUGCUCGAUCUCAUCAUUCCACAUCGCAUGAAUACCUGAGAGGAUCCCUUCUCGAUAGAAUCCUACCUUUGUCAAGCAAGCUCGAGAGUCCUUAUCAAGUUUCCAAGCCGCUCUUUUGUGAAGGCCUGUUACCACCAAAGGAGUUUCAACACGCAGAGAACGCUCAAGCUACUUUGACAUGCGGAUACUCAAUAAGCUGGAACGAAUCGGGUUUGCAUGAAGUUGUUCUUGGUACAUCUGGUCGGAAACAGGGUACUUCUGCGAAAGGCGCUAUCUAUCCUUCCACUGAAUCACUUCUCUGCAAGAAGCGAUUAUUGCAACUGUUUUUCGAUCUAAGGGAGGAGGUCCAAGAAGACUUACAUGCAGCCUCUUAUAGAGCUGUGAAGGAUGGUGCUAAAGAAUACGCGAUGGCUUCGAGAAUUUUGAAAGAAAGUGAGGCUUUUAGCAAUUGGUUUGUUAAAGACUCAAACUUUGAGGCGUUUUCUUUGUUGUGACUUGUGAGUGAGCCAGAACCCAGAAAAAGAGUUGAGCUUGUAGAUUAGUUUUGCUGGUAAGUUUGAAUUAAUGAAGAAUCCUAUGCGUUGACAACAUUUAAAUUUGACUUGUAUAAAAUAUUUUAUUUUAUUUUCAA